AUGGCACUCUCUCCAGCCAGGCGGUCGACGGUGAUCGCCGUCCUCCUUCUGAUAGGUGCCAUCUGGCUCUUGCUACCCAAAAUCCUGCUGGUCGCACGCAUCUUCGGCCCACACAGCGGCGUCUCCCUGACACAGCCAGAGGCCCUCGCGUUGCACGAAAAGGACAAAAAGGAUCCCCGGGUGCAAGUUGUGCCCAAGAUCAUUCACCAGAUUUACCAUAACUGGGCCGAUCCGGGCAACGAGACACUGCCUGCAGACUGGGCUAAGCUGCAGGCGACUAUCAUUAAAUUGAACCCGGAGUAUGAAUACAAGCUCUGGAAUGACGAGACGUCGCGCACCUUCUUCCAGGAUGAAUAUCCAUGGUUUCUCCCCGUGUAUGACCAGCUACCAGAGAAAGUCCAAAAGGUUGACAUCUUGAAAUACUUCUUGAUGCGCCACUAUGGAGGAAUCUACAUUGACCUGGACAAUGGCUGUCAAACAAGCCUUGACGCACUGCUCUACUACCCCGUCUUCCUCACUGACGGCGGCUCAUGCUCGCUGAGCAAUAACAUCCUCGGUGCUACCCCAAACCACCCCUUCUGGGUCAUGUUCACCGACAAUUUGGCAUACUAUUGCCACGACUACUUCUUUCCCUAUGUAUCGAUCAGCUUGGGCGGUGGCCAGUGGUAUGAGAGCCUCAUGUGGGAGAUGUAUCACGACUUGAAGCCCGCCAACGACCCGCCCCUCACCAGGCUCAUGAUCGAUAACCACCCAGGUUACGAUGCCAGUGCAAUAUUCACCACCGGCAGGGGAGCCUCGUGGCAUAGCUGGGAUAGCCAGUGGUACAGCUGGAUGUGGGCGCACUGCCUCCAGGGACUGCUAGGCCUCACCAUGUUUGCCAUCGCCGCGGGGCUGAUUGUCAACUUUGCGAAUUCAGUCUUGGGCCAAAGGAAUGAGGAGCACUUUGACAAGGUGGCCUCGAACAUCUUCUCGGAGCCUUGGGUACGGGAACUCACCAAUCAAGUCUCGAAUGAGCUCCAAGAACAAGUGGCAUGGAUAAAAGGACGGAGUUCAUCGCUCAACACUGCCGAUCAAGAGACAAAGAUGCUCGAUUACGCCUGUGGCGAUGGGAUGGUCUCCAGAGCCCUGGCGAAAUAUAUCUCAAAAUCUCGUGGUAUCGACAUCUCAUCUGGCAUGGUUGCCCAGUACAAUGCGAGGGCCGCAAGCGAGGGUUACUCCCAAGACAAGAUGCAUGCGGUGCAUGGCGACCUCAUCACCGCAGACACAGCAGCAUCUGAUCACAUCAUCAACACGCCCGAGUACAAUGAUUUCGAUCUAGCAGUCAUUUCCCUCGCGCUCCAUCACGUCGAAAACCCACAGCAGAUGGUUUCCAAACUAGCCGAUCGACUUGCCGACGGAGGAGUGCUCUUGAUCAUCGACUGGGUGAGCCCCUCAGAGAGUGGCUGCCAGCCACUUCUACCACCGCCAGACAGUGAUGUGCAGCACACCGUCUCAAGAAUGGGCUUUGAGGAGAAGGAGGUGCGGGGAUACUUUGAGCAAGCUGGACUGAGCUCGAUAGGAUGGCGGUGGUGUUCCGAGAAGUCCAAGCUGCCAGAAGAGCUCGGCGGCCAGGCACAGCUGUUCAUGGCCCGGGCGGAGAGACCAAAGAAAUAA